CUGUAUGUUAAGCAAAAAAGUAAGGACACUCAAGCGAAUGUCUACGUCUUUUUUCUGUGCGUCAUCUUUACCUUCUUUGCUUAACUUUUUCCAUUCCUGUUUUCAAUUUACCCUAGUGUAUUACAAUAUCUUUUCUCUUUCUCCCUUUUUGUUUGAAUGUCAACACCACACGUAGGAUCGACGCAAGGAGAAUGGUAUCAAUUUGAUCCCAAUGUCCAUUACUAUUACGAUGAACAAGGUCAGCUUCAUUAUUACGAUCCAAACACCAACUUGGACGUGAACUAUCAGCCUGAAUAUCAACAGCAAGAGCAGCAACCACAGCAGCAACUUCGAGAUGCCACUGCUGCCAAUGCGUAUUAUGCAAGCCCGAGAACAUCGAGUGAAUACCAACCGAAUAGUUACUAUACUCAACAUAACAACAGUCAAACUCCACAACAGUUAUAUACCCCAGAUUCAUUACAACAACAGCCAACUUUUCAACAGCCAUCACAACAGUCGUCAGUAAGUCAGGCAGACAUUGUUUCGUCGAGGCAACCGUCUCCUGAAGUGCCAUUGUUGCCUUGUCCCGAUCCUAAUUGUACUGGUGAAAACAAGCCUACAUCCAAGUUCUGUGAAGAGUGCGGUAUUGCUUUGGGGCCCAUCUCAAGGACAGGUACACCCGUUGCUACUAAUAAUACCGGUAGUAGCUCUGUGGCUGCUGUUACAGGCUUAGCAACGACUUCGUUGACGAGGUCUAUGUCUAAUAAUUAUAUCUCUGAUAACUCACAAUACAAACUUCAACAGCAACGUUACCAACAUCAGCUUACGCAAAAAGCGCAAAAUCCUUACUAUGCGCCUCAUCAUCCAACCAUUCAUAGACCACCUACUGCUCCUGUUUAUUCUACUACGACCAACAUACCGAUCGGAAGAAGUUCACUAGAUACGACCGUACCUCUUUACCAUCCUCCUUCUGUAAAAAACACAGUACAGCCAAGCAUAGCUUCUGCUGCAUCACCCUCAACUCAUCUGUCAUCCAUACAAUCUGGGGCGCACCAUCCGUCCAUGUACGAUCUGCGCGCUUACGAUCAAAAUCGAUAUGCACAUACUCCGCUAACAACUACCCCGACUACUUCUAACGCUAUCAAUAAUAGUAAUUAUCCAUCUUCAGCAGCCUAUUCACAACAGCAGCAUCAGUCCCAAUUGCAUCAACCUUCUGUUGAUCCAUUAGGUAGGAGUAGAGGUUGCCCCAUAGUUGUUUUCGGAUUUGGCGGCAAGAUGGUCAUGACAUUUCCGCGCACUGUGCCAGAUUAUUAUUCCUCAACUUCCAAUGCUCAACCUGGACCCAUUCAAAUUAAGCAACUGAAGGAUGUUACUACGACGACGAAAGAUAGCAUAGAGCCUGUAUUCCCAAAGAAUAUUGUCUUUCCUGGCCCUGUUAUGUUUGAUAGUAAAGUGGGCAAUAAGCAAAAGAAGAGAGAUAUUAUUCAAUAUAUGUCACAGAUGCUGGAAGCUCUUGAAAAGGAGAAAAGCACAUUUACAGUUUAUGAUUCAGAAGAUUAUCACCGUUUAGAAGCCAAGAUUUUAUUGUGGAAAGUGAUCAAAGUGAUGAUUGAAUGUGACGGAAAAUUAAAUGACAAAGAUAAGAAGGAUCAGGCGAUUUUAGCUGCAAUCCGUCCGCUAAUGCCCAGCACGGAGGAAGACUAUUCACAAUUUAAUUAUCCAACGACUGCAGCAACAGGCAUGGACACACCCUCUAUUACGACAGCUACAAGGGUUUCGAGUGAGAGCAAUACAUCAACCUUUGAUUCGUCCAACGAGAUGCUUGGAAAAAUUGAGCGGUAUUUACUAAAUGGUGAUCGUUUAGGAGCCGUUAAUUUUGCUAUACAAGAAGAUUUAUGGGCUCAUGCGCUGAUUAUCAGCAGUUGUGUGGAUAGAGAGUGCUGGCAAAGAGUCAUUAAAAACUUUGUGGAUCGUGAAAUGAAUAGCAUUCCAGAGACAAGUCAGAAUAGGAAUUUUAACAUUAUUGCGGGCAAUAACCAGGCAUUGCGCGUCAUUUACUCUUUAUUUUCUGGUGUGGGCGCUGCUUCAAUGAAUCAAUUCAUUGUCAACGAUAUUCAACAUGUGAAUACACCCUACGGAUUACAAACAGUUACGCCUAAAGUGGAAAUAUCGCAAUUGGCUGGUUGGAGAAGCACCCUCGCUAUAAUUUUGGCCAAUAGAACCUCUAGGGAUUUGGAGGCUUUAACGGCUUUGGGUGAUAUUUUAAAGACACAGGGUUGGACGGAGGCCGCUCAUAUAUGCUAUUUACUGUCUCCGCAAACGUCGAUUCACUCAGGUGAUGACACCGCUCAAGUACGUUUAACGCUUGUCGGUAGCGAUCAACCUACUGCAGAAGCACUGUGCCUGUCAGAAAUCUUUGAGUAUGCCAAUUCAUGGAAUACCAGUAACAAUGCUAGUACAUGCUUACCGUUCUUACAAGGCUAUAAACUGAAACAUGCAUGGAUACUGGCAGAUUAUGGUUGUGUCGAUUUGGCAAAGAGAUACUAUGAAUCCAUAGAUCAAUGCUUGAAAUCAUUCACGAAAGGAAGCCCUUACUUACAUUCAUCCCUCGUGGAACAGGUCAACGUAUUCGGCUCUUACAUCAGUAAUAAUUGCGGGAGAAAGAAUGGAGUGGAUCCUGCGUCUUGGUUUAAGCCUAAAUUACAAAAGAAGACACUCUCCUCCAUCUGGGGCAGCCUGGAAGGAAGCUUGACCAAAUUUGUCAGCGGUGAGGAAUCACCGAGUCAAGAACCACCCGCUAGAAAAUCAAGUGAAAUCAUGGGUCGCUUCCAGUAAUUUUCUCUUUCUGUUUAAUGUAAUUCUACAUAGUUUUCACCUACUUCGUACAAUAUUUUCUUACUUUUUACUCCCACCACUACCAAUGAUUGAUCGUUUUCCGUAAAUUUAUACCUGUAAUUUAAAUAGUAGC